AUGAUUGUCAAGUUUAAGAAUCGAAUCAAAGCGACUGACAAGGUACACAAUGCAACUGCAAGAAAGGAUAUACCUCUGCUCGAGAUUGCCAAGUUGAAGGUACAAUCCAAGAUUCCAGAUGACAAGUGGCUUGAGAGGAUGAGAGAAUUGCGGCUUCACACAAGGGUCUACUCUCUGCGCAGGAUAAAGUUGGCGUUGGAGCAUAUAUCCAAGAACAAACUAGACCUCAGAACGAUCCCAAAUGGAUACUACAAUAUCCUGCCGUCUACAUUGAAGAGAGCACUUGAAUCUGAUGCGGCAUACUUCAAGAUGAUGGACCACUCAUCAAUGAUCGGAUGCCCACCAUCCUCACUCUCUUCUUGUCAUGAUUGA